AACAGUGUAACACGAAUUUCUUCAGAAUCUCUUCGACGACCAAAUGUUUCUUUUAUGUAUGAACGUCCAGUUCCCAGUGUAAAACAAGUACCAAAAAUGUUUCCAAACAUUCCAUUGACUAAAUGUUUAAUGUUAUUGUUAUUUUAUACAGGAAUUUCAGAGUCACAAAAAUUCGAUUGCAACAAAGAUGAACCAUGUAUGCCACUCAGACACUGUAAGGAAUAUAUGGAUUUCAUUAACGUUACCAAAAACCUCCAUCGGCAUUUCAUAAAAUUUUUAAUCGAUAAACAGUGUGGUUUCUACAAAGAGGAGCCUAAAGUUUGUUGUGGCAAAAUACCACCGGCAUUGAAAUAUGUCAUUUUAGCGAGCAUAAAUAGACCCCACAACAGAUAUAAACGAUCUGCAAAGAGCACUGACAACGAUCAAUUAGAUCAACUCAAUCUGGAUGAAUCAUUAUACUAUACCUCAGACAUUAAUCAAACAGAAGAUCUACUGAGGCUAACAAGGGAAACUGGUGUAAUGGAAAACAUUGGUCGGUUGGAUAUUCGCUGAUUUCUUUUCAACCUUUAUAUGAAAAAAUACUCAACUAUCUAUUCUUGAUUCCAUAAGUCAAAAACAAGUUAUUCAUUUCGAAUAAACACAAUUUAUAAUUUAACUCAAUAUGUUAGAAAUAAUAGCUAACAUGAAUAAAAGUUAUUAUACAGUUA